AUACAUAUUACCCUACAUAUGCAUAUACUUAAUUCUACAUUUUGUGUUAAUAUGAAAUUGAUGUAUUACUGUUGGUAGUAAUGUAUCAUAGCAAAUACGAUCAGAAUUUUAUUUUAAUUUAAAUUAAAAUAACUUCGUAAUUAUAUCUAAUAUGUACGACGUUAAAGUUAACAUAGAAUAUUGUGAAACCUGUAACUAUAAACCACAAUUUGUUGAUAUGGUAAAUUUGAUAGAAAAGAACGUACCAACAGCCAAAGUGUCUGGAACCGAAGGAAAAGAAGGAUCCUUUGAAAUUAAGAUUAAUGAUGAAUUAGUUUAUUCCAAACUUCAAACACUAGCAUUUCCAGACUACGAAGCAGUAUGCGAAACUAUCAAAGAUGUAUCAAAUGGUGAACCUAUAAAAAAAGUUACAAAACAACAGCCUAUAGAAUGUACAAUAUCAUGAUCUUCUAUGUUAAAAAAAUGCCAGAACUAAGAGAAACAUUUACAGUGCCUCCGCCAUAAUAGACUUUUUCAAGAACAUGUGCACUAGAAUUCUUCACUAUUAAAGCACCGAUACCAGUUGGAUAUCCAAACAUCUUAUAAAAAGAUAUACAUACAAAGUCUGGUUUAAAUAUGGAUAAAUUCAAAUCGUUUGUUGGUACAAAUCCUGCUGCAUCUAAGAGAACAUACCACUUUGUAUUUAAUUGACCAGUGACGCUGGAAAGCACGUUAUUAUGUGCAUUUUGAAUCCACUUGAGUGGAUAUUUUGCACCAGAAAAAUUGCAUUGGGCAGGAUAAACAAAAAGAGAAUUAUUGUCACUUGCUACAUUGUCAUUCGAAGAAUUUACUGGUUGUUCUAAUACUUGAAAUGCAUGUUUAUGACUAAGACAAGUUACUUUAACGUUUUUUUGGGAGACAACCUCUCGCAUUCCAAGAACUGAAGUAUGAUUGUCUUGCAUGUAAAUAAAAUUUCCUGUAGAUUGAAAUUCAUUAUUUUUAUUAUUGGAAAAACGAAAUGUUUCAGCGAUCACUUUUAGAGAUUGCGUUGCUCCUGAUGUAAAAAUAAUACUGUAUUCUUCUGACGAUGUGUGAAAAUGACUCAAUAUUCUAAAAAAUCACAAUAUAUAAAAAAUAAUACAUUUGUUACACAGUAAUUAAAUUUAUUAAAAAACUA